GAAUAAAUCUGCAAGUUGUGAUUGGAGGCCCAUGGAGACAUCACGUGGUUUGGGUCGCUGACAGUAUAAACCCUUGGAGACGGGUGCGCACGUGGGUGACGCUGCAGGGCCAACCCUCUUCGGGGUCCCUUUUGUUGAACCAUCAAACAUAAGCACCUUUGGAGAUCCCGAGUGGUUCAGAUGAGAAACAGCUAUCAUCUUGUGCACGGAGCGAUCACUUAUCAGCGGCGCAGCCAUGUCGAGGUCUUUUUACGUAGAUUCUUUAAUAAUCAAGGAUACGGUGCGACCUGAACCAGCAGAGCACCCAGGACAAGACUUCCUUAUCCCCAUCAGCAUGCAUUCUCCGAGCGUAAUGACGGUCACCGCUCCGGUGUGCCCAUCCAGGAAAAAUGGGACUUUCUGUGUUUGCCCGCUGUGCGUCACGUCCCACAUCCACUCUUCCCGCAGCGGCAUUCCCAUGCUGAAGAGUCAGUUUCCAGGAGCGGAGGCGCAGUACUGUCAGAGAAUAGCUCAUCAGUCUCCUGCACUCGCGCACCCGGGACAUACACCUGUCUGCACGCCCACCUUCAGCGUCACAGAUCCCAGGAGAUACCACUGUCUUUCUAUUGGCGCCUCCGAGAACAGCCACAUACAGAAUGGCAAGAGGAUGCGCACGGCUUUCACAAGCACGCAACUCCUGGAACUUGAAAGGGAGUUUUCCACGAACAUGUAUCUUUCGAGACUCAGAAGAAUCGAAAUCGCCACGUAUUUGAACCUCUCGGAGAAACAGGUGAAAAUCUGGUUUCAGAACCGCAGGGUGAAGCACAAGAAGGAAGGGAAAGCCACCCAAAGGAGCGCACACAGCGGUUGCAAGUGCACAACCGGUCACACAGACUAUUCAAGGUCAGAGGACGAGGAGUCUCUAUCUCCGGCUUCUGCUGAGGAAGAGAAAGAGGUGUCACCCAUCUGAGAGCAACGCGACUCCCAAAUUCCCACUGCUGGCACUUACUCUGCCCUGCUGCAGUUAUGGGUUAUGGCAUCACGCAACCUCUGGGCCAUAAAUCUCCUGCAUGAAGUUUAAGAAGUGUUGAAAACGUCAGUUGUUCUUCACUUCAUGUGUAUCCUACUUUUAAAUUAAAGGACUAAAAUGUGAAUACGUGUUUUAACACUGUGGUGAAAUACUGGGAAACAUGACCCACUGUAUGCCUAAUAGACUGAUGUCUUUUGAUCCCUUCAGGGUUCUCACCUACACACCCAGGCCAAGUUAACUGUCCCCAGUACAUGUUUUCAAUUAUUGCUGUCGGUGAGGUUGUGUGGUAAUGAAAGCCCUUAGAAAUAGUAUAGGCCUAACCUGUGUGGAACCUGUACGCAAAUAUUUGUAAACUAUGUAUAUCUGUAUUUAUUGUAAUAAACAUGACGAGUUGACCUAA